AUGUUAGCAACAACUUCACCAAACUCGUUAGUCAUGAACCCAACUUCAAUGUUAGUAGAGAUGAAAAGCUUCAUUCCUUCUUCAUAUACUUUCGAAACAGAAAUCCAGAAGAUAAAGCAAGAACUUCUCCAAGGAGAUUUAGACUGUAGUGCGAAAGAUGAAACAAAUGAAGAAUAUCUUUAUGAAAUGCAGGAUAUUAUUGACCAUCUACCUAAACUUCCUGAAAUACAACAACAAAAGCUCACUAUUCCAGAAUUCGAUGAAAUAGAAGUCAAAGCAACUGACUCAGUAGAAACCAAGAAGUUCAUACGUAAGGUAAACUAUGAGUUUCUUGGAUUUCAUUGCAACCACAAAGUUAUGGACAAAGAUUGCGAUAUGUUAUAUAAGAACAUCUCUGACAUAUACAAAUCUGAAGAAUUUAAGACCUACGACAACUUUGUUUCGUUAGUUGCAAAAUGUGUAUGGCAGAUAAGAGAUAAAGAUAAAAGAGGUAAAGUAUGGAACGAACAGAUAAAACCAGCAACUUUUGAGUUAAAGAAAACCAU